CUGAAAGAGAACAACAAAAACGCGACAACGACGAGCCAAACAACAGAUGUGUCAAAAUCACAUCGAAAAGAUUAGUGGCAAUAUCCCCGGUGGAGACAUUUUGUACCGCUAAAACAAAUUUGACAAGUUUGCUGUUCUGUUUGCUCAUAUUUUAGUCUUUGAGAUCAGUCUCUGCCAGAGGUUUAACAAUGGGACGUAUCUUCUUGGACCACAUUGGUGGAACACGCCUCUUCUCUUGUGCCAACUGUGACACCAUCCUGACCAAUCGGUCUGAGCUUAUCUCCACCCGAUUCACAGGAGCCACAGGCAGAGCUUUCCUCUUCAAUAAGGUGGUGAAUCUGCAGUACAGCGAGGUGCAAGACAGAGUGAUGCUGACUGGCAGGCAUAUGGUGAGGGAUGUCAGCUGCAAGAACUGCAACAGCAAACUGGGUUGGAUCUAUGAGUUUGCUACUGAGGACAGUCAGCGGUACAAGGAAGGACGUGUCAUUCUGGAGAGGGCGCUGGUUAGGGAGAGUGAGGGCUUUGAAGAGCACGUCCCUUCAGACAAUUCAUGAGCCCCUAAUCUUGGAUUAACUUGUGUGGGAAGGCUCAUUUCCGUGUCCUCCUCUCACUCUCCUUUACCCCCUUGCCUCUGUGCUGCACACCACCACUUGCAGACUUAGUGGUCAUUGAAGUUCUGGCUUUACCCCCCCACCCCUUACCUGUCUCUGGCUUAUGACUUUAGACCUCUGCUGAUUAGAAGAUUAGUAUGCUGGAACUAUUCUUGCUAAAUAGGCUUCCCUAAAAUACUCCCCCUCCAAGACAGGGAGUAACUUGAAUUGUUAAGUGUACAUGCAAGGUCACACAGAAUUACACAGAAUUUUCAUCACUGUUGCACAAGGCAUGCUCCACACUUUGGUAAUAUGGUAAUUAAAAGCAAGCAUUAAAAUAGGUAAGAUAGAUUACAUGAAAAUACACCACUUGGAGUUUUUUAUUAUUGAGUUUAGUAGAUGGUACAGCUAAGUACACUGCUCAAAAAAAUAAAGGGAACACAAAAAUAACACAUUCAACUAUUUAUUUUUUUUGAGCAGUAUAUAUUCAUUAUCAAGACAUGGGCAAAGCAACAGUCCCACUCUAUACAACACAACUGUUAAAUGAACCAAUAGCAGUGUCACUCUACAUAUUGCUUUCAUAGGACUUAAGCUUCUGUGUUUUGUGAACUUUGCUCCAAUGUAUUUGUCACUGGUGAGCAAUGAAUGCAAUUAAGACCACAAUAGUUAAUUAUACAUCAGUUUCCUUUUAUUAGCUGGUAGUGUAAUGAAUGUAAUAGUGUUUCAAGUAGUGUUUCUCAUCCAAAUGAUACCACAAGGACCGCACAGAUUGAUGUCAUAUUUAGGUAAUCAUUGUUGUGUUUGAUGGUGGCAGUUUUGUUUAGGUCUGGUUCGCAUGUUGUGCAGUUAUUUUGCUUGACAUGGCAUUUUUGAAAUGUACACAAAGUGGUAUAAGUGUCCCUUUCCUGCAGUUUAUAGCGUGUGAGCUCCUGUACAGUAGACAAUCGUACAAUUGAUCCUAUAAUUUUACUGAGGUCUACUAAUCAACAUCUGUUACCAUGGAUUCUGUGCCUAUGUGUGUGCCCUGUGAGGAGCAUUAUGUCACGUUGGUGAUAUAUCAGGAGAAUGUUCCCUCCAACCAUGUGCUUCAGUAUGAUGGAGGAAGAAUGCCUCUGAGAGGUGACGGAGACAUUCUCUGAAUGCCUGUUUGCUUAAGGACAGAAUUAUGAGAGGACAGGUCCUAUAAGCAUUUGAAAUUAGCUGGGUGGCAGUGUGGUGGGACAAGCUAACAGAGCUGCUGAAGACACAACUAAAACCACAAACAGUUAGCAAACAGUCUUUUUCUGUGUUGGAAACCACAGUGAACCAAAAUAUGUUCCAGUGAAGCUUCAGCUUGAUUCUUUUUAUACACUUUGGCUUAGACCACAUUUAGUUAUAAGACUACUUUUUCUUAUAACACAAAGCCAAACAAGCUUUAAUGGAGUCUUUAACAUCAAACCUUUGUCUUUGAUAGGCCAGAGACUCUGUUUUAUACCAUCAAUGUUCUGUGAAGAUGACAGUAUGUCAGAUAGUUUAAAAAAAAAAAAAUCUCAAUUUUCAUGACAUUUGAUGUUAUUUUUGGACUGGGGUGUAGCACAGCAUCAUGGCCCUGAUGUAACAUUGUGCUGUUUCUGAAUGUGAAUGCCUGCAGGCAUUCCCAAAAUGAUAUUGUAUGUGAUCACCUUUACACUUGACUUACAAGUUUAAGUCAUUAAAAACAAUGCCCCCAAGUCAGUGCAGUGGCCAUGACAGAGUAGAGAUAUGUAAUUUUGUUGUUCACUAUUAGCAUUUUAUUGAUAAGCCAGUUUUUAUUUGCUUUACUCUAAAUGAAUGUUAUUUUGUUGGCUGAUAUGUUUAUGUUAUUGUAUUUCUCCUUGAUUUGGGGUUUGAAGAAACAUUUAUCUGAAUGGCUAUAACAAUAUUUUUUCUUGUGAUUUCAAAAUAAAAAUGUAGUGUUGCUAGGUCAAGUUAUUCCGUAUU